GUGUUGACAGGUGACAGUUUUCCAUAAACAACAACGCAAGCAAAAAUUUACCUUCAAUCGCGCGUCUGAAUUUUACUUUAUUGAAUUUGUACUAACUUUGCGUUAGCUUUUCUUCAGUUUUGGAGUGUGAAUGUGAUCGUGGUUAUUGCGCCACCAAACACGAUGGCACCAACAAUCCAGAACGGCACUAAUGGGGCAGAUAAACGCGGUGCCGUGGCUCGUCCGCAGGAAAGAAGGUCCGAGCUGAUCAGCCGGGUCAAGUACUGCAACACUCUGCCCGAUAUUCCGUUCGAUCUGAAGUUCAUCACGUAUCCAUUUGAAAAUGAUCGUUUCAUCCAGUACAAGCCGACCUCGCUGGAGCGGAACUAUCGCUACGAGGUUUUGACGGAGCACGAUCUGGGAGUGACUAUCGAUUUGAUCAAUCGGGAACUGUAUCAGAUUGACCAUCUGGCGCAGUUGGAUCCGGCCGAUGAAAAGCUGCUGGAAGAAGAUAUUCACACGCCACAGGAUUCGCUCCGUAGCAGUCGGCAUGCCAAAUCCGUUUCAUGGUUGCGAAAAUCGGAAUACAUUUCAACUGAACAAACUCGCUUCCAGCCGCAAACGAUGGAGAAAGUUGAAGCCAAGGUGGGUUUUAACGUGAAGCAGAGCUUGCGCGAGGAAACCCUGUACAUGGAUAGGGAGGCCCAGAUCAAGGCCAUCGAGAAGACGUUCGAUGACAACACGAAGGAAAUUACUGCUCACUACAGCAAGCCGGGAGUUACAGCGGUGGAGAUCCUUCCUGUUUUCCCUGAUUUCGCAAAUUGGAAAUAUCCUUGUGCUCAGGUCAUAUUCGAUUUUGAUCCGGCUCCGGCGGGCAAGAACGUUCCGGCACAGAUGGAAGAAAUGUCCCAGGCUAUGAUUCGUGGUGUCAUGGACGAAAGUGGCGAGCAGUUCGUUGCAUACUUCUUGCCCACGGAGGACACGCUUGAGAAAAGACGUCGUGAUCUUGUUAAUGAAACUUUGUAUGAAGACGAGGAAGAGUACGAGUAUAAGAUGGCUCGUGAGUACAAUUGGAACGUUAAGAGUAAGGCUUCUAAGGGUUACGAAGAAAACUACUUCUUGGUGCUUCGCCAGGAUGGAAUGUUUUACAAUGAGCUGGAAACUCGUGUUCGUCUGAGCAAACGUCGUCAGAAGGUUGGUCAACAGCCAAAUAACACGAAGUUGGUUGUGAAGCAUCGUCCAUUGAAUGCUUCGGAGCAUCGUAUGCAGCGCUAUCGAGAGCGUCAAUUGGAACCGCCCGGUGAAGAGGAUGAUGAGGAUAUUGAAGAAGAGGAGGAGGAGGAAGAGGACAUGGAGGAAGAGAUUCAGGAAACUCAAGAUCAGGACGAAGAUAAAGAAAACGACGGAGAAGGCGAAGAGGACAAGGAUGAAGAAGCACGAGGCCGUUCCAGGUCUCGUUCUCGCAGCGGAUCCGAGCGCUCUGGUUCCCGCUCGGGAUCUGGAUCGCGGUCCCGUUCUGUGUCACGUAGUCGGUCACGCUCGGGAAGUCGCUCGCAUAGUCGCAGUCGCUCCAAGUCUGGCAGCCGUAGUCGCAGCGCUUCUCGCUCCAGAUCUCGUUCAGCGGGCACGAGAUCUCGAUCGGGUUCGCGCAGCCGAUCUGUAUCUCGGUCCCGAUCGCGUUCACGUUCUAGAUCAGGAUCCCGCUCCAGAUCCGGGUCUCGAUCGCAGUCAGCAGGCUCGAGAUCGCGUUCUGGCUCGAGAAGCCGCUCGGGUUCACCGGCUUCCAGAAGAGGGUCCCGCAGUCGCUCUGGUAGUCGUUCCGGAAGUGAACAACGGUCGGGAAGUGGAUCAGAAUAAACCAAACCGUAAAGGCAAGCUGGCAACCAAUAGUUUCUCUUUCUAUCUUAAUAUGACAUGUAUCAUUCAUUAAUGCAUAUUGAAAAUAAAAUGUUCUAGAAGCCGA